ACUCGUGUUUUAUUCUCAUCAAUCUCAAUUUUCUCUCCAGUAAAUGGAAACAGUUAUGCAGCCUUCUAGCAGGGAAAUGCAAUCCAUGGAUUCAUUGUUGAAUCAAUCUCAGUCACCUCUUCAAGACCAAUCAGAGAUCGACAUAACUCAAAUGAGCUCCCACUUCGAUCCCUCUACGUCUCAAGAUGUUUUCCUCGAACAUAUGCUUUCCUCCAUCGGUAAUUCAUCGUGUUCAUGGUCAGAUGCGUUGAACUCUAGGUUCCCAUGGGACCUAUCUUCAUCGAUCCGUUCGCACAACACCCAUGACCUGGAGGAGGAGAACGAGCAGGCGGCGUCGAAUCCAGAGAACCAGCAGUUUCAGUUGGGAGAUCAGCAGGUUACCGGCUCGUUUGAAGAGGACACUGGUCUAAUUCCUUUGCCUCUGAACUUGUCUAAAAUCGAGGAGGGUGGAGAUGGGUCUGUCCACGCUUUGUACGAGGAGUUAGCUGGAUCACUACUCGGAUCGUUUCCGAUACCAAACCAAUUCCUCCAACCUCAGGCGGAGAAUUUCGUAACGGCGCCAAUGAUGAAAGCAACUCCGGCAACCAGCUCGGCCGGAGGUCAGCCUAGACAAAGAGUGAGAGCAAGAAGAGGUCAGGCCACUGAUCCUCACAGCAUCGCCGAGAGAUUACGUAGAGAAAGAAUUGCAGAGAGGAUGAAAGCCCUGCAGGAACUCGUACCCAAUUCCAAUAAGACGGACAAGGCUUCAAUGCUGGAUGAGAUAAUAGAAUAUUUAAAAUUCCUCCAGCUCCAAGUCAAGGUCUUGAGCGUGAGCCGUCUGGGCAAUGCGGCGGCAGCAGCCAGCAAUAGGAAUCCUGUUGGUGGCGGUGCAGCGGCGAUGGAGGCGAAGAAGAAGAAGCUGUUAGGUGAAGGAGAAGGUGAAACGAGUAAUAGUAAUAAUAAUAAUAAUAGUGUUGUAAUGGAGAAUCAUGUGGUGAAGCUGAUGGAAGAAGACAUGGGAUCUGCAAUGCAGUAUCUACAAGGAAAGGGUUUAUGUCUUAUGCCCAUUUCACUAGCCACUGCUAUUUCCACUUCCACCGCUUCACUCACGACUACAUCUCGAGAUCAGGGUCCCAAAUCCUCCUCAUCACGAUCAUAACCAACCAACCAACGAAGCUACAGAAGAAAAAUAUACCAAUACUUAUUUACUUUAUUAUUAACUUGCACUUCUUAUUUCACUUUAUUAUUUACUACUUACUACUUUCACAUUUGGAGCUCUACCUAAACUUGUUCGUC